AUGGAGGUUGUUGUGGCGGUGAGGCAAUUGGAGGCGUUUUUGCUCCCCGUUCGCCGUCAUGUUUUGGGGGGGUUUUCAUUUUUCGUGGCGGUUGCCUUGGCAUCGGCCUUACGGACAGCCGCCGACAUUGGGCAGCAUCAUGGCCAGGGUUUCUCGGGGCCGUUUCUCAUGACGAUCCCGGGCGGCAGCUGGGGACUCGAACAGGGGGCCUGCUUUGUUGGAAGAGCUAGGAAUCUCGUUGUUACCCCCCUUCCCCGUCCCCCAUACCCCAGUCCUCAGCCCCUCGAUGUCACUACCGUAGGAACUGCUCUGUGCAGGUGGCUCGACAGCAAGUACGCCGCACAUCAGGCGUUAAAAACCGCGUGGGAGAAGCGUCACCAAGAAGAGAACGGGGAAAUCCACUAUAUCCCGCCUUCCGACAGGCACGCGUACAACCUGUUCGACCACUUGGCGUCCGCUUUUACGAUGUUUACGGGAACCUUGCCCCAGGAAGUCUUCUUUUUGUUGGCCCCUGCGCCUACAUUCAACAUGCCGAUAGAGACAACUCAAUCCGAUGUUACCCAAGUAGCAGCUGUUGCAAUCCACAAAGCAGCAGCCAGCAAGAUGUUGCAGCGGCAACAUAUCCCCACCAUUAUGCCGGCGUUCCCUGCAUGGGCGGUUCCUUUCAUGUUCGGAGACAAGGCCUUCACAUUUCAUGUGAAACGUGCGGAUUUUUGGGUGCGCGGAUUCGAUUGCAUGCUCGGCAGUCGCCUGGUUGUUCGCUGGAGUCGCGUCGACGUCAGUGUAUGCGAUUAUAUGGCUGCAAAAUCCAACGCUAAGAAAGCGGCAGCGGACUUGGCCGCAGCCGUUAUCAGUACCGUGCGUCUCCGGGUCGUUGGCAUGGACUUCUUUCAGUAUGCAGCACCACUUUUCAGCGCAGAUAUGUUCGACGAAAUCACUAAUCAAGUCUCACUAAUCCCGAUAAGAAUGUAUUUAACUACAGACCCCCAGCUCACGCACGAAUACGAAACCGCGAGAAGUAUCAGUACGGCGAUCCAAGUAGGCCAAGCUGGGGCAGCUCUUGUUCAAAAUUUCGUACAUCGUGCUAGAGAGGCGAAGCCGCAAGGCGAGCACCCACAUGGAACGGCACCAGGGAUGCGAGGUUCUACAAACGCCGGUCCCCGCUGA